GGAGCAGAAGCUGAGACAGGAGAACGAGAAGGAGGAGGAAGAGGAGGAGGAGCCGUCGCAGGAUGAAGGAUCGGACUCAGGAGCUGCGGAGUGCAAAAGACAGUGAUGAUGAGGAAGAAGUGGUCCAUGUGGACCGAGACCACUUCAUGGAUGAGUUCUUUGAACAGGUGGAAGAGAUCCGGGGCUGCAUUGAGAAGCUGUCAGAGGAUGUGGAACAAGUGAAAAAACAGCACAGUGCUAUCCUGGCCGCCCCCAACCCGGAUGAGAAGACCAAACAGGAGCUGGAGGACCUCACUACAGACAUCAAGAAGACGGCCAACAAGGUUCGAUCCAAGUUGAAAGCGAUCGAGCAAAGCAUUGAACAGGAGGAGGGACUGAACCGUUCCUCCGCGGACCUGCGCAUCCGCAAGACCCAGCACUCCACACUCUCCCGGAAGUUCGUGGAAGUAAUGACUGAAUAUAACGCUACCCAGUCCAAGUACCGGGACCGCUGCAAGGACCGGAUCCAGCGGCAGCUGGAGAUCACCGGAAGGACCACAACCAACGAAGAACUGGAAGACAUGCUGGAGAGUGGAAAAUUGGCCAUCUUCACGGACGAUAUCAAAAUGGACUCGCAGAUGACAAAGCAGGCGCUGAACGAAAUCGAGACGAGACACAACGAGAUCAUCAAGCUGGAAACCAGCAUCCGUGAGCUGCAUGACAUGUUUGUGGACAUGGCCAUGCUGGUGGAGAGCCAGGGCGAAAUGAUUGACCGCAUUGAGUACAAUGUGGAACAUUCCGUGGACUACGUGGAGCGAGCCGUGUCUGACACCAAGAAAGCUGUGAAAUAUCAGAGCAAGGCCCGGAGGAAGAAAAUCAUGAUAAUCAUUUGCUGUGUGGUGCUGGGGGUGGUCUUGGCGUCAUCCAUUGGGGGGACGCUGGGCUUGUAGGCCUCCCCCACCCUAUCCCUCCCAGACCUUUCCCCCACCACAUCGGGAGCAAUACCCCCACCGCCCCUUCACUCCAUCCCCUGCUCCAAGCUCACCCUCAACACAGGCAGCCCCCCUUAACCUUUACCGCCCGUCAGACCCUGGAGUCCCUGGACCUCCCCCGACCAUGGACCACCCUCGCCCCCGCACGUAGAUAGCAGCAGGCGUGAUGACACAUGCACACCAACAUGCAUGCCGCCGGCACAUGCUCGAGACGUGUGGACACCCCAGCGUGUGUGCGUGUGUGUACGUGUGUAGCUGCGUGUACAAGCACCCGAUCACCCUUCUUGCCCCCUCACCUCAAGUCUGUGUGUUGUCUGAGCUUUCCCCCUUCACCUGGGUUGUUGUGUGGACUGUAGCCGGGUGUGACACAGCAGCCCACUGAGCCCCACUCUUCUGUCUUCUGUAAACAGGGUUUUUUGUGUGUGUGUGUGUGUGUGUGUGUGUGUGUGGUCACAGAUCCAUGGAUACACAGUUUGUGUCUGUGGAAUUUUGUGUUUGAGUGUUUCGAUCCAAUGUAACAGCACUGCCUCCCUUGACACGACCCCUUCCCCCAAGUCUGCUACAAAUGGGGCAGGUUGUAUGUAUGCAAAGGUUCACACUCAUCCCCUGAGGAUCCAGGUUGGCCCAAAUACACACAGGUUGUGGCAGACACCCCAGCAUGGUGUGGAGCCAACCCUCCUGGCUUAGUCACCCCCGGGGCUGGCCUGUGUCCUAGGGAGCACAUGUGUGUGUAUGGGGUUCAGCUGAGGCAAGCGAGUGGAUGCAUACACGUGUAAAUAAUCUAUCUUAGCCUGUGUAUCUGUGUGCAUUUCCCCUGGCAAGUGAUGUGAGGGACAUGUGUGUGUGUGUGUGUGUGUGUGUGUGUGUGUGCAUAUCUAGGCUGUGUCUAAAGUGUUGGUAGGUGUUCUCUUGAGAUAGAACCCUCAACAUUUUGCAUGGGACACCUGUUUUGGGUGGGCACAGAAAUCUAUAUUUCUACGCUAUCUAGAGUACGUCUGCAAGUGUGUGUGCGUAUAUGUGUGUAGAGGAUUUCUAUGUAGUGUGUUUCUGCCCCCCUCGUGUAUGAUACCCACAUCCAUUCACCUGCAAGGACCUGUGCCCCAUCCAAGUUUGUGGAUCCAAGUUAUUUGCUCACUCCCUCUCUCCCCAAAGCUGCUGGCCGCUGUCGGGUGUGGCCACUCAUGACUCCAUCAACAUUGUGCAAUGGCCACUUCCUGCCCUGAGUGGUCCAAGCCCCUGUGCACACAAGCCCACAUGCUUAUCUUUCUCUGUCACGUAGGCCUGGAUGUGUAGAAGCUGGGACACCUCGGUGUUCUCCUACCUGCCACGGGGAUGAGGCCACACCCAGGCACACACACGUGCACACAGCAGCCCAGUGCAUGCUGACACCAGCACGAAGCCUGUAGAGGUUGGCACCGGGGCACACCAGUGUCUCCUGGAAAGGUUAUUGGUGGGAAAUGCUACUGAUCAGGGGAAUGGCAGGGGCUGCCCCAGGCUGUCAGAAUGAGAACAUUCUUGAGAAUUACCUCAGAACCGAAAGGAGGCCGGCGAUGGUCCUUACCACCCCGUCUGAUGCGCUGGCCUUUGGGCUUUAGGGAACUGCUUAUUUCAGACAUACUGGAGUGGGCUGAGUCAUGGGACCCAGUCCCUGGACGUGACUCCUGCUGCAGUGUCACCAAUAGCUGUUGCCCCACAGGGUGAGUCUGAGAGUGGGACACAGGUCUGGGUUUGUGAUGGUGAGGAAGGGGCCCGCUCCUCCCUUGCUGCGCAGACAACACAUGCAUGCAUGGGUGGAUUUGUGCAAUGGGUGGCAGGUGGGGGAGGGGUACAUGGGCAGAGAGCAGUGUCUGAAGCCUCCCACUCCAUUGGCCCAGGAACCCAGACCCACACAUACAGGACAGAACACACAAGUACAGGAAUGCCCUUCCUUGGGAUCUGGCGUACAUGUGCACAGGGCGGAGGACUUUGGUGUGUGUACACACGGUUUCCUGGAGGCCCCCUUCAUGUGAAGCAUGUGUGCGUGAGACAAUGCAGUUGUGACCUUCUGGGACGUAGUACCCCACCCUCGCCCAGCCCCAGCUCAGAUAGCCUGUCCCCUCCCUACCUGGCUGGGCCCUGUCUGUGUGUAUGGCCCAUGGAUACACGGGACCCCUAAGGUGGACUGUCCCCAGGAGGGGCGCCUGCCUGGCCAUUCCCACAGGGCCCUUCAUCAAGACAGGAAGUCUGCCCCCGGAUCUGACUGUAGCUCCCUUGCUCCCACUCAGGCUUCUUUGGGGACGUCAGAGCAGGCCCCAGCACCCCCCACCCCACCCUUUUUCCUUCCGGCCGCCCAGCCAGGAUACCCUCUCAGCCCAGGUGUUUCCGGAAUUCCCACGGCCUUGGGGCCACAAGGAGAAGGGUGGAGCCAUGGCUGGAGAGAUGCUGCUGCCUCCUUGAGUGGCAUUAGGCCUGUAACUGCCCAUCUCUGGGCCUCAGAUGGACCAAAGGAUCCCUGAGGGUCUGCUUCUCCAAGUCCCACCCACCGCAGGAUGUGUUUGCUUGUCGGCUGCUGUGUCCGUGCGUGUCCUGGAAUUGUUGUCUGGGGGCUGGUGUCUCUUGCAUGUUCCCAGAUGAGUGUGUGCUGCCCACCUUCUCGCCAAGCCCCUACCACCAUCAAGCCCCUGUGUGCCCCGUGGGUGGUCCUGGGCCUGGCUAGGGCUCGCUGCUUCCCCUCCCCCCUUCUCCCUAGCCCUGCCUUUCACGAAGCACACUGCGUGUCCAUCCCAUGUGCCUGUGGGUUGAUGCACGCUCUUGCCACGCCUCGAGCGUGUGUACAUGAUGUGUUCUAUGCAUUCACCCUGCCCCACCCCCAGCCUGCCCCGCAGAGGACAAGAUGGGUGGCCCCCGGCUCCCUUCUCCCCCGGCCCCCCCUUGCCUGCUGUGCAACCGUGUGCGUUGGCGUGUGUUUCUGUGUCGCUGGCGUGUCACGUGAUGUAGCCGUGUUUGCUGACAUGAGCCCCUGCCCCUUCUGUUUCUCCGUUGGUUUCUAGAGCUCUUUCCCUCUCCUCCCUGGAGGGGACAGGACUCCUGGGGCCUGGCUGGGGGCCCAGAGCCAGGCCAUCCUCUCCUGUUAGCCCUCAGAGUCCCACUUCUCUCUAUUGGUGACCAAGUUGCAAAUGGAUAAAAUACAGGAAAAUUCUGCCCCCCGCCCCCGCCCUGCAUGUCCUGUCCCCAGAGCCCCCCACCCCCACCCCGGGCCGGGUCGGGCCCCGUGGGACGGGAGAAAUAGCAACCAAUCCAA